UUGGCUAGGUAGCAGAACCAACUACCAAGUAUCAACACUACUCUAAACGGUGCGUUUCAAUGAUGAAAGCAUGAAAAUGAAAAUAAUUCCGCUUCUUCUCUUCCACCUGUCGAUCAAAGCGUUGGACUGCUAGUUCUUCCAGAGAUUUCUAAUUCUCAAACAAUCUCACCCAGUUCAGUCCAAAAUAAAAAUCAUGGAGUGAUCGUAGUGGCUCUGCUCCUUGCGAGUUGCGAAUAAAAGUGAAAAAAAAAAAAAAAAAAUGAAAGAAGAAAUGUGCUUGGAGUGCCUGCAACGCCGAAUCAAGUCGGAUUUCUCAGACCGGCAACUCGUUUUCUCCUAUGCCCUCUCUCAUUCCGCUCUCCCUCUCGCCUCUACUGCCGUCGUUCAGAUGUGUAAUCCAAGUGGGGAGGCCUCAGCUUCUCACUUCAUAGUGGUGUAUCUUCCCAGUACAGACCACAAUUGCUUAACCAAAUACGUUAAUGAAUAUAUUGAAGGAAGUGAUAAUCAUGGGAUUGAUGAUAUUUGUCGAGAUCAAGGAGAGGUUGGAGUGGGAAUUAGCGGCAAUGAAACUACUUUAUCGAAUGAUAAUCAGUGUUUGUCAAGUGGUGGUGAUAAGAAUUCAUUAGAGAGUUCUACAUGUAACCAUUCCGGUAGGUUCUCUUGCUUUAGGACAGUUACUGCGUUGGCCCCAAUUGCCCGUGUUGGCAUUUGUUCCCAAUCGAUUCUUGAAGAGGUUGUUGCCAACUACUUGUCUGGGUCUUUGGAAGAUGACGUUUUGUCCUCACUUAAUCUAUUGAUAGAAGGGAAACCUACAGGGAGAGAUAGCAUAAAUUUUCUUAGUUUACUUGGGGUACCAUCAUUUGAGGAGAGUAACUUCCCUGGUUCCCUGAGGCAUCCAAAUAUAGCUCCUGUUCUUGCAAUGCUCAAUACAUCUGGUCAUAUUAAUUUGGUGCUUCCGAAAGCACCAUACACCUUGGAAAACAUUCUCCAUUAUAGUCCUAAUGCUUUAAAAUCGGAGUGGCAUGUAAGGUUUUUAAUAUAUCAGGUACUCUCGGCGUUGGCUUACAUACAUGGUUUAGGGGUUGCCCAUGGUAAUAUAUGCCCAUCCAGUAUAAUGUUGACUGAGUCAUGCUGGUCUUGGCUGAGCAUUUGUGAUAAGUCUUUGUUAGGAUUUGACUUAAGUACAAGAGAUAAUGAAUGCACUGAUACUGCCCCUGCGAAGAUAGGUUGUUGCAUAGAGGAUUGUCUUUCUCAAGGUCUCUAUGCUGAUUUGAAGCUUUCCACAUCUAUAGACUGGCAUUAUGAUUUUAAUAAGUGGUGGAGGGGAGAGAUGAGUAAUUUUGAGUACCUACUCAUCUUAAAUAGAUUAGCUGGGAGACGGUGGGGUGACCACACAUUUCAUACUGUAAUGCCUUGGGUGAUAGAUUUUAGCAUGAAACCUGAUGAGAAUUCUGAUGCCGGCUGGAGGGAUUUAAGCAAGAGCAAAUGGCGGUUGGCAAAAGGGGAUGAACAGUUGGACUUCACCUAUUCGACAUCUGAAAUCGCCCACCAUGUAUCAGACGAAUGCCUUUCUGAAUUGGCAGUCUGCAGUUACAAAGCAAGGAGGUUACCUUUGAGUGUCCUGCGUACAGCUGUUCGUUCAGUCUAUGAACCCAAUGAGUAUCCCUCUACCAUGCAAAGACUGUACCAAUGGACCCCUGAUGAGUGCAUUCCAGAGUUUUACUGUGAUCCCAAAGUUUUUAGUUCUCUGCAUGCUGGGAUGACUGAUUUGGCCAUACCUUCAUGGGCAGGUAGUCCUGAGGAGUUCAUUAAAUUACAUCGUGAUGCUUUGGAAAGUAACCUAGUCUCACGCCAAAUCCAUCAUUGGAUUGAUAUCACCUUUGGGUACAAAAUUUCGGGUCAGGCAGCUAUUGCUGCCAAAAAUGUUAUGCUGCCUUCUUCAGAGCCCACAAUGCCAAGGUCAGUGGGACGCCGCCAGCUCUUUACUCAACCACACCCCAUGCGUCGGGGUUCUACCAAGAAAGCAUGUGAUAGCACCAGUAAAUCAACUAUGCAUCAAUGCCAAGCAAAUGAAGUAGAGAGUGAAAAAUCUCUCCUCUUUGAUACUGCUUAUUUACAAGAGUUAGAAGAAGCCUCUGCCUUUUCUGAACAAGCUAGGCAUUUGAGUGCUCUUUAUGGCUGUGAUCCUGAACAUUUUGGGAAGGAUGUCAAUCCUGCGGGGGAGCUAUCAGGUGAGAAUUUCAAGAGAAGUAUAUCUACACUCUCUGACAUUAUCGGAAACAACAGGUUGCCAUUUGAUAUUGAUCUGAGUUAUCUUCUUGAGCAUAUUGAGGUGGAGGGUGAAGGUUCCAUGGGAUAUCAAGAGUUACUACUUUGGAGGCUGGGGUCAUCUUGUUCAAGGACUUGCUUUGAACGUGCUGCAAAGGACAUAUUUUCUGUAGGUUGUGUUUUAGCAGAACUUCAUUUGAGGAAGCCACUUUUCGAUUCAACUUCAUUGGUCAUGUACUUGGAGAGUGGAAUAUUACCUGGAUUGAUCCAGGAACUUCCUCCUCACACUAAAGUACUUGUUGAAGCAUGCAUUCAGAAGGACUGGAUGAGGAGGCCAUCUGCUAAAAGUCUUUUAGAUUCACCUUAUUUUCCCGCGACGGUUAAAUCAUCAUACUUGUUUCUUUCUCCCCUUCAACUUCUUGCUAAAGAUGGCUCCCACCUUAUUUAUGCUGCAAAUUUUGCAAAGCAAGGAGCCCUCAAGAAAAUGGGAACAUUUGCGGCUGAAAUGUGUGCUCCAUACUGCUUACCGCUAGUAGUGACUCCUCUGUCUGAUACUGAAGCUGAAUGGGCUUAUAUACUACUAAAAGAAUUCAUAAAAUGCUUGACUCCAAAAGCAGUGAAGGCACUGGUCUUGCCUGCUAUCCAGAAGAUUUUACAGACUACAGGUUAUUCACACUUGAAGGUUUCUAUUCUUCAAGAUUCAUUUGUGCGAGAGAUUUGGGAUCGGGUUGGUAAGCGAGCAUAUCUCGAAACAAUACAUCCUUUGGUCAUAUCAAACUUGUACAUUGCUCCUCAUAAGAGUUCAGCGGCUGCUGCUUCUGUGCUGCUAAUCGGAUCUAGUGAAGAGCUUGGUAUACCUGUUACCAUUCAUCAGACAAUCUUGCCUCUAAUUCACUGCUUUGGGAAAGGUCUCUGUGCUGAUGGAAUUGAUGUCCUGGUUAGAAUUGGUGGUCUUUUAGGGGAGACAUUUGUUGUCAAACAGUUGCUACCAUUGCUAAAACACGUUGUUCGUUCCUGCAUUGAUGUCUCAUCUAUGAAGAAGCCUGAGCCUGUCCAGAGCUGGAGUGCUCUAGCACUUAUUGAUUGUCUAAUGACAUUAGAUGGCCUGGUUGCAUACUUGCCAAGGGAGGUGGUUGUAAAGGAGCUAGUUGAUGAUCGAAGUUGCCUUCAUGUUAUGGUUCUUAUGCAUAAGAAUUUGGAAUUUGCGGUGCUUCAGGUUGCUGCUACUACUCUCAUGGCAGUUUGUCAGCGGAUUGGAUCGGAUCUGACAGCAUUGCAUGUUCUACCACAACUUAAAGAGCUAUUUGAUGAGAUUGCUUUCUCACAGGAAGUUAUUGGAGGAUCUCCUCUUAACAGAAGUGUGAAGGUUUCUAAAGCAAAAAUUGAUGGGGAGGUUCAAAUUGAAAGCCGUAUGGACCUUGUGUUGAUUCUGUACCCUUCUUUUGCAUCUCUUCUUGGGAUAGAGAAACUUCGACAGUGUUGUGCAACAUGGUUGCUUCUUGAGCAAUAUCUUUUACGGUGUCAUAAUUGGAAGUGGGAAUAUACAGGAGAAUCACCUCGAAGUGGUUCAGAAAAUAAUAGAAGGCCUUUAUUCAGCUCAAGGUCUGAAUACAAUCCUGCUAAGCUGUUACUUAAUGGGGUCGGAUGGUCAAUUCCACAAUCUCAAGGAGUUAGAGGUACAAAAAACUUGAUUCCUCAGAAAUGGAUUUAUGAAGUUCAAAAGAGUCCAGUUGAGAUAGAUGCAUCAACAUCAAAUCUUGUGAAGCGUGAGCCAUGGUUUUGGUUCCCUAGUCCAGCUGUUAGCUGGGAUGGGCCUGAUUUUCUUGGUCGUGUAGGGGGUCUCAAAGAUGAACUUCCAUGGAAGAUAAGAGCAUCUGUUAUACACUCUGUCCGUGCGCAUCAUGGGGCAUUGAGAUCUUUAGCUGUUUGCCGAGAUGAGUCUACAGUAUUUACUGCAGGAAUUGGCCCUGGAUUUAAAGGAACUGUUCAGAAAUGGGAACUCACAAGAAUCAAUUGUGUAUCUGGCUAUUAUGGUCAUGAAGAGGUUGUGAACGACAUUUGUCUCAUGUCGUCCAGUGGAAGAAUAGCAUCUUGUGAUGGAACCAUACACAUUUGGAAUAGCCGAACUGGGAAAAUUAUUACUGUUUUUUCUGAACCCUUGGUGGAUUCCACACAUCUUGCAAGCCCUUUGUCUCCUGCUUCAAAGAAUAAUGCUGACCAGGGUAAUAUGCUAAAUUCCAGUACGCUAACGAGUGGGAUACUGACUAGUGCCUUUGAUGGGAACUUGUAUACUUGUAUGCAUCACUUAGAAUUUGUUGAGAUGCUUGUGGUUGGCACUGGAAAUGGUUCUCUCAGGUUCAUUGAUAUCACCCAAGGUCAAAAGCUGCACCUGUGGAGGGGGGAGUCUGUUGAGUCUGGUUUUCCUUCUCUUGUUUCUGCCAUAUGCUCCAGUGGGUCUGACAAAAUGCAUGCAGAUGGAGCUUCUGCUUCGCCAUCUUGGAUCGCAGCUGGUCUAAGUACAGGUCAUUGUAGGUUAUUUGACCCAAGGAGUGGAAAUGUUAUUGCCUCUUGGCGAGCUCAUGAUGGAUAUGUGACAAAGUUGGCUGCACCAGAGGACCAUUUGCUUAUUUCAAGCUCUCUUGAUAGGACUUUACGAAUCUGGGACUUGAGAAGGAAUUGGCCACCGCAGCCCACUAUUUUCAAAGGUCAUUCUGAUGGCGUGUCUGGUUUCUCUUUAUGGGGCCAAGAUGUUAUUACAAUUUCCAGAAAUAGGAUUGGACUUACGUCUUUAUCUAAAUCUGCUGAUGAAGAUGGGCGUUAUCGGGUCAUACCUCAGAAACUCUACAUGGCAGAUCAUGGAACAAAAAAUUUAUCAGUGUUAUCAAGUAUUAGUAUUCUACCUUUCUCACGAUUGUUUCUUGUUGGAACAGAGGACGGAUAUCUGAGACUCUGUUGUUAGAUACAAAUUGAUACCACAAAGAAAGACUACAUGUUUUCAUUUUUGAGAAUGGCUCGCUCUUAAUUUUAGCAGAAAGGAGCUUCACAUUGUAAUUACAAAAACGCUAUGUGCAUAUUCUGUCUUCUCUUCAUCAGUUUAUUCCCUAGGCA